CUGAUAGUAAGCCAAGCACACAUCCGGAUAUGAAUACUGAGACGGCCCAUCCUUCUAGCAAGGACAAAGAAGAAGAUGCAGAUAAAGUCAAAGAACCCACAGAGAAAGAGGUCUCAUCAUGUGAGGAGGCUCCUGAGCAGACAGAGUCAGAAAAGAAGGCAGAAGAGGAUGAGGGAGCAAUGGAUUGUCCUGCCAAUAGUGUUCCUCCUUCCCCUCAGCAUCAUUCCCCUUCACCCCAAAGCUCUCCACCUGAGGACUUCUCUGUUAAACCGGAGGAAGACGUGAACUCAGACCAGGUAACUGGAGAAACUACAGAGAAUAAUCACAGAGAAUCUGACUUAUCAGAUGACUCUGGCAAGGAGAAACCCACAAUUUCUGACCAUAAAGGUUCAGAAGCUGCCAAUAGUGUUCCUCCUUCCCCACAGCGUCAUUCCCCUUCACCCCAAAGCUCUCCACCUGAGGACAUCUCUGUUAAACCGGAGGAAGAUGUGAACUCAGACCAGGUAACUGGAGAAACUACAGAGAAUAAUCACAGAGAAUCUGACUUAUCAGAUGACUCUGGCAAGGAGAAACCCACAAUUUCUGACCAUAAAGGUUCAGAAGCAACAGCACAUGAGCAAGAUGCAAACUUGACACAGGGAGGAACUGACACAAAAGAAGGUAACCAGCAAGAAAUGGGCAAACCAGUUUCUCAAGAUGACUCUGAAAGUGUAGAUGAACAGGAAGAUAUAGAUAAGGCACAGAAUCAGUCUGUAGCCACCUCCCAGAACCCUGAGUGCGCCACACUGACAACAGCAGACAACAGUAACACCUGUACCUCUGAUGUGUCUCCAAACAUAAUUGAAAACACCCAUGCAGACCCCGAACAAGAGGGCAACACCAUAGGUGUCUCAGAUCAGUCUAAGGGACAGCCAGACAGCACCACAGCAGAUGAGGGUCAAUCUUUGGAAAAGAAAAAUGAGGACCAGUGUGGCCCAAAAGAAGAAAAGCCAGGUAACACAAGCUUGAAUGAGGAUAAAGAAGAAAUAAAAUAAAGUGAAGUUGUUGAAUAGCUUUCAACUGCAUGUAAACUAAACUAAAUGAAAACUAAAGCCAAGGAGAAAGCAGACACACAUUAUCAUGGGGGGGGCACUCCAUUGGUCAUUUUGAAGGCCUUGUGGAAAGAUUGUACUUGAGAUAAAAAGCUACAAUGUGUAUUAAAGAAAAGUUUAUGUUUUAGUUUUAUAUAAUAUGCACAUUAACUGUAGCAUUGCUAAAACAAUAAUAAUGUUUUUGAGACAUUGAUUAAAUAACUAAUAAUGUUUUGAGAAGAUGUAAAUUAAUAUUUUGCUAU